AAACCGCAAUAAACACAUUCAAAUCGAAUGAAACAAUUAAAUUUUAAUGUAUUUUCAAUAAAAUGUGAGAAAAUAAUUUAAGUAAAUCAUAAUCCAUUGCAAACAUGUGCUGAAAUGCCAAACCAUUUGAGCAAUGUACAUUUGAGCGACUCCGUUUGCAUGCGUUGAAUGAACGCAUCAAGCGACGGCAACGGAACGAAAUAGAGCCAUUUUCUUUUCUAAAGUCGUCUUUAUCAUUUGGACGGCUGAACAUGUGUCAAAUGGGUACAACCAUUCCUCAAAUGUGUGUGCAUUUUUUCAAAUGUUGAAUAAGUUUUCUGAAAAUUUUGUGCGAAAAUUCGUCAAUUGAGCCCAUCAAAACGUUUCGUUUGCAUAGCCAAGUGUCACAUUUACACAUUACUAUCGUCGAUAAUCGAAGAAUUACUGAGCAUUGUUUGAUUUUAUUUGUGAUAGUGCAUAAAUACACUCGCUUAAGACAAUUAGCUCCGUAAAAGGCGAGCACUGCAAAUAUUUGUGUGAGAGAACCGAAAAAGGAAAAGAAAAAAAAGAAAUCGGACUUUUAGCGGAAUUCAACAAUAUUUGUCGAGUGUCCAACUGAAAAUUACGAUUUUGUGUGUUAAAAUAAUCAGUGAUUUGUUUGCUGUGCGAUAAGAAUUUAAGUUUAACAACUUGAGGAACUUUGAACGACGACGAAAAGACUUUUGGUUAAAAAGCAUAGCAAAGAAAAAAAAAUUGCCAUUAAAAGCAGCUGUAUUUGGAAGUUUACCGCGGUGUUUGUAUACAAUUGUGUGUAAUUUCAGUAAAAAAAUUUUUAAUUGAUUCGCAUCGGUACAGACAAUUGCCAUUAAUUGAAAAGAAAAGCAAUAGAAAAAAACAGCGCAAAAUUGCAAAGAAGAUUCACCCGAGAAGAGUGUAAGGAAAAGUGUAGACAACGCGCACGCACGUUGUUGUUUGGGUUUCGAAAAAGAAACAAGAGUCGCUAUUUUAAAUAAUCAAAAUAAAUCAGCCGCGUCGAUCAGUCAUCUAGUUUGGUGUCGUUUUUCAUUCGUGAACUUUGCAAUUUUCAACCAACUACCGAUAGCACUCAUUACCGUCGAUACUGUGUGGUAAUAACAUCGAAAAUUUUCGCAUCCGACAUGGCUGGUAGAGGCGCCUACGAUAACAACUCCAGAGGUUACGGCAAGAAGCCAUUGCCAACUGAGUCACCGUAUUUGGCAUUCGUUGGAAAUUUACCACAAGGAAUCGUUCAAGGCGAUGUUAAGAAAAUCUUUCCAAACUUGUAUGUGAAACAUGUGCGUUUGGUCAACGACAAAGACACAGAUUUGUUCAAGGGCUUUUGUUACGUGGAAUUCGAAUCGUUGUCUGAUUUGAAAGAGGCACUCGAAUUGGAUGGCCGAAUCUCUUUGGACGACGCCGAUGCACCGUUGCGUAUCGAUGUUGCUGAACAGAAAAAGGACAGAGGCGGUUUCAACAAACGCGGACCGCAACAAGGACAAGGGCAACAACAGCCGCCGCAAGGGCAACAGCAGCAACAACAACAACGUAAUCAUGGCGGCAACAUGAACAACUAUAAUCGCGGUGGAAGACCUCAAAAUAUGAAUAACGAUUACCAAAGAGGUAACGAUCGUUAUAACAACGAUGGCUACAAUCAAAAUCAUCAAGGAAGAGAUGGAAGAGAUUUUGGCAGAGAUGGUCGUGGUAACGGCAGCCGGCCUGCUGGAAAUAAUUUCCAUGAUCGACCAGCUAAUCGAGGCCGCUAUGGAAACUUUAGUGACGAUGGUCCACGUGGAGGCGGUGGAUAUGAGAGAAACCAACGUGAAGGAAGCUUCAAUAAUCGUGAUGACAGGUACGGUAAUUAUAAUCGACGAGGAACUGAUCGACCAUUCAAUAAUCAACAUGAUAACAGACCACCACCCUCUGUUGCCCCUGUUCAUGAUGAAGCCGAGCGGCCACGACUUGUAUUAAAACCGCGUACUGUUGCGGAUCCAAUCAAUGCUUUGGCUGAAACUAAGCAGGCAGCUACCAUUUUCGGUGCGGCCAAGCCACGCGAGGAAAACUUGUCCAAGGUUAAGUCAAACGAACCAUCUGAGUAAACAGAACAUUUUUUAAAUGCAAACAAGAAAACUGAAUGAAAAACAAAAGAAAAAGAAAUCAACAACAACACAACACACACACAUUCAUCCCAAAAGUUAUUUUACGAAAAAAUAAAGAAUAAUAUUAACAAAAACAAAAGGAUGUAGAGACAAAAGCUCCCCUCACAUAAAUGCAGCGUCAGUUAAAAUUUACACGUAUAAUCGCUAUUUUAUAUGUAUGAAAAAUGAAAACAACAACAAAAAUUGAAUAAACAAAAAAUUGCAACAACAAAAAAAGAACAAGUGAAGAAGAGAAUUGGUCAAGAUUUCCAAUGUAAACAAGGAAAAAAAAAUAACAACAUGAAACAACACAAAUGGAGAAACAUUGCAAGAAAAAUAGCCUUAAGGAGAGAAAUGGAAGCGUUUAAAUUUAAAAUUACACGUUCACUCAUUCACUCAUUCAAAGAAACAAACAACAACAAAACAAGUUCACUCUCUCACCUACACUUAUUUACAGCAAACAAUAAUAAUUAUAAUUAUCGUAAUGUAAUAAUACAUAGUGAUUUAAUGUAACAUCAAUUUAAAUUUUUAGAUUUAAAAUGCAUGUAACUUUUUUCUAUUUGAAAGCAACAAAUCAACAACAAAAUUAAAAUCCAAUCAGUUUUGUUUUUCUUCUUUUUUUUUGUCAAAUUCUGUCUCUCACUCAAAACUACAUUUUGUGUCUUCAUAAAUGGAAGCACCAUCGUCAAAUUAACCAAAAAGAAACCAACGGAAAAUAAACGCAUCUAAAAAUUUCAAUUGAACUAAAUAAAUGGCAAAUGUUUAAAGGGAAACUAAAUCGAUGGCGAUUAAGGAAGCAAAACAAAACAUACAUUAAAAUUGAUGAUUAUUCAACGGCCAACCAAAUCAAUACAAAUAACACAAUUGAAAUGAAAUUUACGUUGAUUUAUUAUUAUUCGAUAAGUCUAAAUGAAGCAAGCAAAAUAAAUGCAAUUAAGUAAUAAACAGAAAUCAUAGCGAUCGAUUAAUAAACUAUAUCUAUUAAGUAAUAACGCAGAUUCAUGUGUUUUUUUGUCCCAUAUAAACAAAUUACUUAUUAUUAAAUUAUAUUCUAUGAUUAUGUUUUUUUUUUGUUUAAUUUUUUUUGAAUUAGAGAAAAAACGCAAAGAAAGAACAAAAACAUACAAAUUUAACUACAAAAUACAAUGUGAAUCGAAUUUCCUUACAACAUUUGUAAUAACCGAGUAAAUUUUCUCGUCCCAUUUUUUUGUGUUGAUCUUGAUUUUGGUAUUGCUUGCGAAAAGAAAAAUACGAUAAAAUUACUUAAAAUAUUUCGUUUUUUCCUUCUGAUUACGAUAUACUUUCAAAUUUAUAUGUGAACUGGUAAUUAUUUAUAUACCUAGAGACGAAAACGUAAAAAAAUGAGCAAAAAAAAGAAAACAAAAUAAAGAAGAAAAUGCAGAAAAAAGUGAGCAAAAAGUUAAAUUAAAUGAUAUGUAAAUUAGAAUGGAAACUGACGAAUUAUUUGAAUGAUUCAUUAACAUGGACAAAAAAAAAGAGUAAACACAAAAGUUCUAACAAAAAAUAUUAUACACACAAAAGCAACAAUUACA